CCGCCGGCGGGGCCGCCCCGCAGAGCCGGCGCAGCGCCGCCCGGGACGGGUCGGGGCUGCUACCGGUACCACCGCCGGGUCCGUACCAGGAUGCGGCUGCGCUCGGGCGUGUUCGCCUCCUCCUGCCUCCUCGUGCAGGCCCUGGGCGUCGCGCUGUUCCUCCGCGGCUUCUUCCCGGUGCCCGUCAGGUCUCUGCCCCGCAGAGAGGCCCGUGCGGACUCUCCCGCCGAGCCGGCCCCGCCCGGCCCAGGAAUGGUUUCCAACUGGACCAAGAUUCCUGCACCGCUUUUCAAUAAAGUUGUCAUUGUGCUGAUAGAUGCUUUGAGAGAUGACUUUGUGUUUGGAUCCAAAGGGAAACAGUUCAUGCCAUAUACUACGCAAGUUGUUGAAAAAGGGACUUCCUACAGCUUCAUUGCUGAAGCAAAGCCACCUACUGUGACUAUGCCUCGAAUUAAGGCUUUGAUGACAGGUAGCAUACCUGGUUUCAUUGAUGUUGUUGUGAACCUCAAUUCUCCAGCUCUGUUAGAUGACAAUCUGAUAUGGCAGGCAAAAGCAGCUGGGAAAAGAAUAAUCUUUUAUGGUGAUGAUACAUGGGUUAAAUUGUUCCCAAAGCACUUCAUGGAAUAUGAUGGAACUACAUCAUUUUUUGUGUCAGACUUUACAGAGGUUGAUGACAAUGUUACCAGGCAUUUGGAUAGAGUGUUAAAGAGAGAAGACUGGGAUAUCCUAAUACUACAUUACCUGGGAUUGGACCAUAUUGGACAUAUUAGUGGGCCAAACAGCCCAUUAGUGGGACCAAAACUUCGUGAAAUGGAUAACAUACUGAAGAAGAUUCAUAUUUCUCUUCUUUCAAAGGAAGAAGCUUCUUUGCCCAAUUUGCUAGUUGUGUGUGGGGAUCACGGGAUGUCUGAAACGGGUAGUCAUGGUGGUUCUUCAGAAGGAGAAGUGCACACACCUCUUCUGUUUAUCAGCUCUGCUUUUGAAAAGAGAAGUGGUCCUCUAACCCAACCUGAACGUGUGCAACAAACAGAUUUAGCCAGCACACUGGCAGUAGGUCUUGGUCUGCCAAUUUCAAGAAAUAGUGUUGGGAACCUUAUACUGCCAGUUGUUGGAGGCAAGACAAUGAGAGAACAACUACGUUUUGUGCACUUGAAUGGGUUCCAGCUUAGCAGGUUGCUGCAAGAGAAUACACCUGCAUAUGAAAAAGAUCCUGGAUAUGAACAUUUUAAGAUAGCAGAAAAAUCCCACGGUAAUUGGAUCAAACUGUAUUUAGAGGGGAAUAAUUCAGAAAUACUCUUAAAUCUUGGCAAAAAGGUCCUGAAGCAAUACUUGGAGGCCCUCAAGACUCUGAGUUCUUCACUAAGCAAACAAGUGGCACAGUAUGACAUGUAUUCGAUGAUGGUGGGGACUGUGAUCAUUAUGGAGGUUCUGCUGCUGCUUUUGCUCAGUGUUCCAAAGGCCCUGAGCAAGCGGGCAGAAUUUGAAGUGCCCCUCUCCCCUCCACUAUUCUCCCUGCUGUUUUAUUUGAUGUGUCUGAUGCUGUGUGCAGUUCAUGUCAUUGUAUGCACGUCAGCAGAAAGUUUGUGCUAUUUCUGCAGUAUGUCCUGGCUAACAGCAGUUGGAGUGAUGAUGCUGAUUUCCGCACUCAUGUGCGGUAUUUUAUCUGCUAUUGCAAAGAUCUUUGAGAAUUCCCGACUUCCACCGAAGAAUCCAGCUGUGUCCAGUUCUAGUUGGUCAGAAAUAGAUGUGCUGAUUCUGGCUGGAACAAUUGGCCAUGUUUUGAGUUUGGGGGCAAGCAGUUUCAUAGAAGAGGAACAUCAAACUUGGUAUUUUCUUAUCAAUACGCUUUGUUUGGUGCUGUGUCAGGAUCUUUGUAGAAAUACUUUUCUUCUAAAAGAAUGUGACCCUAAACAUAGCACCAGUAUGAAGCAAAAUUUUGAUAGUCUUGGGGAAACCUCUGAUUGCAAGAAUAUAGACAUUCCAGCAGCAGAUAGUUCAAAAUUGGACAAGGCCACAUCUUCAUCUGAAUUCAUGAAAGGAUCACACAAGUGGAUAAGCUUAGCAACUCCAUGGGUCAUCCUUAUUUGCUGUCGGCUGCUUCGAUCCUUGAAUCAGACAGGUGUCCAGUGGGCUCAUCGACCAGACUUUGGACAUUGGUUGACAAGCUCUGAACAUAAACCUGAACUCUCCUUCUUGGCUGCAGUCUCCCUACUUAUGAUCUUCUUUCUGGUUCAAAGGAGAUGCUCCCUGGUUUCAAAAAUUGCUAUGGCACUCGGGCUCCUGGGAGUCUACAGUUACCGGGCAGCUGUUGGAAAUGUCAUAUUUCCAUGGCAACAUGGUGGCAAAGAUAUUUCAAAGGGGAUCACUGAAGCUCGUUUUGUUUAUGUCUUUGUUCUUGGCAUAGUCUUCACUGGCACUAAAGAUUUACUAAAGUCACAGGUUAUUUCUGCAGACUCCAGCAUGAAGAACACAGGAUUAUGGGAAGUAUAUAGCGGAUUGGUUCUGCUAGCAGCCCUUCUAUUUAGACCUCACAAUUUACCAGUCUUGGUGUUUUGCCUGCUGAUUCAGACAAUGAUGACAAAAUACAUUUGGAGACCUUUGAAAUCUGAUGCGGCACAGAUUACUAUCAUGCACUACUGGUUUGGCCAAGCUUUCUUCUAUUUUCAGGGAAAUUCAAAUGGCAUUGCUACUGUGGAUGUUUCAGCAGGUUUUGUGGGACUAGAAAGCUAUGUGGAGAUACCAGCUAUCUUCCUUACGGCGUUUGCAACAUAUGCGGGACCUUUUCUUUGGGCCAUUCAUCUGCUGUGCUACUUAAGUUCUGAAGUUAGCAGUGGCGGGAGUAAUUUGAGGAGAGAGCUGUUAUUUUAGUUGUCACAAGUUUAAAAAUAGUUAAUGUAACGGAAAAAUAGAAGAAAGAAUUGACUCUGCCCUCAGUGCAGAAGAGUGAGCAUUGCUUCACAGAAUAAUGGAACAACCCAGAUUGAAAACACCUGCAAAAGAUCAUCUGGUUCAACCUUUCAUGGGAAAGGGAGAGCCUCCAUGAGAUCAUCUAGCAUCCUCUCCACUCUCAUGUUGAAAAUCUGCAGUGAUGGGGAUGCUACCACAUCCCGGGAAAGAUUGUUUCCAUGACUGAUUGUUGUCACCAUAAAACAUGUGUUGCUUAUAAUGAGAUGAAACCUCUGCUGGUGCAACUUGUACUCAUUGCCUCUCGUCUUCUCCACAUACUACCUGGUGAAGAGAGCACCUCCAUCCUCUUUGUAGCCACAUUUACAUACUUCAAUACUGGAAUGCUGUGACAAAGUCUCCUUGAGCCUUCUCCGUGGAGAAGAAACCUAACUCCUACAGUCUUACCUUGCAGAGCCCUUUGAUCCUCUCCAGUCCUCCUUCACACCCUUUCCAGUCUGUCUAUGUCUUUUCGGAGUGGUGGGGGCCAAAACUGAACAUUGUACAAUGAACAUACUUGUCAGGUAUGGCCUGACAAGCCCCGAGUGGGAUGAUCACAUCUGUCCCUGCUCGUAAUGCCCCUGAAAAUGCAGCCCAGACUGAUUCACGUGUUGCUGCAGUAGUGCUCUGCUGAUUCAUUUUUGACUUGUUGACUGACACCCCCAGCUCCCUUUCAGCAACACUGUUCCUCAGCCGCAUGUAACCUAGCCUGUUCUGGGCUCUUUGGUUAUCCUGAGCUGGGUGCAGAACUUUGCACUUGUCUUUGCUAAACUUCAUGCAGGUCUUGAUAGCCUCCUCCAGCCUGUUCAGAUAUCUCCCUUCUGACGUGUCCACCUCACCAUCCAGUUUAGUGUCAUCAGCACGUUGGUGAGGGUGCUUUCAAUCAUCCUACCAUCUAGAUCAUUUAUGAAAAUGUUGAACAUUUUGGGGCUCAGUAUCAAUCACUGGGGGACCCUACUUGUUACUGGCUGCCAGCCUGAGUAAAAAAAUAUAGAUCACCACCCACUGUGGCAUUGUUGGCCAAUUUCCUGUCCAUACUUGAAUAAUUUGUGCUUCACCUUUCUAGAAAUGCCUUGUAUCACUGUUGACAUGUCCUGUUAGACUGGUGUAUUUUAAACUGAUAAAUUUUGAAAUUAAUUGAAAGACUUGAUAACAGUCUGUGUUAAAUUUGUUCAGACCCUGCCUGUCAAGAACAAUUGCCAGAUGCAAUUUUUCUUUACACCUUUGGCUAAGAUGAUGAAGAACAACUGUUUACAAAGAUGGGCAAGGAGCCCGCAGAUGCAACUUAACAGAAAAUUGAGCUAUAAAUGUCAUUGUUACUCCUUGCAUGUAUGAUGCCAAUGUAAAGUGGUUCAGGUUUUUUUCUACUGGAAGCCUUCCGAAAUGUUAACUGAAUUUUGGAAGAAUAUUGCAGAAAAUAGGAAUAACUAUGAUUUGAAAUACUUACUAUUUGUGUUUUGCUUGUUAGGAAUUUUGAUGAUUUAGUUAUAUCUUGUUGCAUUAAAUUCCGGGCUGGUGUCAACAGGAAUAGACUGAUUCUGCUUCUUUUUUUCUUGGAUCUGAACAGAAUAACACAUGCUAAGGAUAACCUGAAGAGAAACUUUGGGGAAUUCUUGGAACCAUGAUAACAGGCAGGAACAGUCACUGCAUAUAUACCAGCAUGGGUCACCAGAGAAGUAGUGAGGAAAAACAUAUCAAGCAUAGCACUUGGGAUUUCAUGCAAAUCCUGUGUUUGAAGAGUGGCUGGAAAUCAGAAAUAACAAUCAUAGCUUACAUGGAGAAAACUAGUUUCCUGAAUCAAAAGUACCUACUGAAAAAGAGUAGCUUCUUAUGAAGAAAUCUAGAGAUUGCAUGGCCAUGUUGCCUAGAGUGCAGUUUAGUUAUUUCUUUGUCUGCAGUCCUGAAAAAGACUCAAGAUGUUUGAGCUUGUGAACUGUUUUCUCAUUUCUCUAAAGGAAGGUGAAGACCAAUCAAGUAAAGCUGAAAAGCAGAGAGUUUCCAGUACUUUUAAAGGUGAUUGCCACAGGAUCAGUAUUUGGAGAAAUGAGCACAUUUCCAGGAGUUUUAGAAGCAUUUACUAAAUGUACAGUUGAUUUCUUACCUGAGCUAUUAAAUGAUGAUAGCAGACAUUCAGAGUGGCUGUUCAGACCUUCCAGCCCAAUGCCAGCGUAAUUGGAUUUCUACUUACAGUCUAAUAUAAAUCUUUGAUAGGUAUGCAAUUUAGGGGAGUUCAUUCAGAAUGAUUUUCAGUGGCCAACCCUGACUAAAUAUGAGAGAAAGGAAUCUGAAACGUAAUUGAUACAUGCCCUGCGUUUUAGAUAGAGUUCUGUUCUAAGCAGGUUAGCUAGCAGUGGGUGCCAUUGGGAAGAGUCAGCUGUUCUGUGUGAGUGAGACUGCUUAUUUUGCAGACAGGACAUUCACAGCACAUCUGAUUAUGCCAGCAGUGAAAACAGGAAAAAACGUUGAUAUGAUUCCAUUUUUCCUGUUCUGAAAUGAAGAGAAGUGAAGCUUCAGGUCAUAAUAGAUUUUUACAGCUAAAUCAUUAUGAGAACCUGCUGAACCCUGUACCCUGUAUUGCAGUCCACAUAUGCUAUAGUCCCCUCUAACUUACUGCCACAGACACUUGACCUUGCUCAGGCAGUAGUAGCUUGUCUGCCUUUCUUACUUGGAAAGAGAAUGCACAGGAAAAUCAAUAAUCAUCCCCAGGUUCCAUAAUUUCCAUUUCUAAUAGAAUAUACCUGAUAGCCCUUUUAGCUUGCUGGCAACCACCCUUUUUUACAUCUGUCCAUUGAUGGUGUUUGGCGACAAAAAUUGUGACUUUAUAGAAUUAACAUUGUUCUGAUUGAUGCUCUGUGCCAGAGCUGAUCAUGUAAAUCUCCAAAGGACUCCAGGUUCCUUUGGAACUGUGUUUUUCCUGACAAUGCAGGAUUCUGUGCUGUAGUCUAAAAAGACCUUGUAAGAAUUACAAUGGGUGAGAGUGGGACAUGUGGGAGAGAUGUAGCAAAUUUGUUCUUGCUGAUAAACUGAUUGAUAUUCACUUAGAUAAGAGAAAUUUCAUACAGAUUGCAGAUACUCUUAAGAUGGUGCAGGCACUUGGAGGGUUUGUUUCUGACUCCAACCCUUUAUUAGUAUAUACAGCACAAAUUAACAAAACGCCAACUAUUUUUCAGAGAGCACUAAAAAGGGACAUCUUGCAAACUGAAACUGCAGAAUGCCUGAAAAGAAAAGUGCCACUUAAUACAGGAAAAAUGUUAAUACAGUAAAAAUUGCCUUAAAAUAGGCAAAUUCAGUAAUAAGAGAUUAUCUAGGCAGUAAUAUUCAGCUGAAAUGCUCCAGAAACAACCCUCCUCCUCCAACUCUAGAAAAAUUGCAAUACUAGGGUAUUCCUCAGUCAUAUGUUUGCAUGUUUCUAAAAUGUUUGUUUGAUUUGGUGGGUUGGAACAAGGGUGGGAACCCUUGUAAAGCAGUGUAUUUUAAAAUUCUUUGUGGAUGCUUUUCUAGGGCUGUUUGUGGAGCUUUUUGCUUGAUUUUUAAACUACAAAAUUUGUUGCCACCAUCUGCCAUGUAUUCUAUAUAACUGGGAGAUAUAUUUUCACAAGAAAAGAGUUAUUUUUCUUUCUUUUUUUUUUUUUGGCACCAUAAUUUUUUCAUUUUGCAAGCCUUGUAUUUACCCAUUUUAAUGGCACCUUAGAGACAGAUUGAGAGGUGAAAGAUUUGUUGACAAAACAUUGGCAAUCAGGAUUUCGGAUAUCCAAAGAAGCAGAAAACCUAUUAAUAGCACAAUUUCUUGGCCAUAUUUUUCUAUGUAUUUAAGAUUCAAUUAAAAGAGAUGAUUUUUGUUGAAAGACAAUAUGUGCUCUAGACCAUACUUAAUGCUUUCAGUCUAAAUAUGGCAUGUCUAGUGAUGUGAAUCUGUAGUGUUCUUUGCUUCAGAAGCGUCCAAAGUCAUUGCUUUUUUUCUGGAUCUUGCAUGAAGUUUGGAUAUGCUUUGUCAUCUUUAACACUUGGAUUUCUUAUUCAAGUCCUCAUAAGUGAACUUGCUAAAUGAGCUCAAUAUUAGACUGACUAUUCCUUUUUUUUACUGCUUCUUUGUGCAGAGGCCUUAGUAUUGGGCUGGUUUUGUCAGAACGUGGAGGUAGUGUGUCCAGUCUCUCUAUGCUC